AUGGCCUGCUUUCAGAAAAGACUACAAGAAAGUAUCAAACUAAAUAUAAUUCAAAGAACUACUUUAUACUCACAAAAAUUCUCAAAUCACAAAGAAAAAUUCCAGAAAUCAACAAUUAAUAAUAUCAAUUCAGUGUUAGCUAAUCCUACUGGACUACAGACUUUAUUUGAUCAAAUUAGAGAAAAUUCAGUUUACAGCGAAAUAUUUGCUGCUUAUUGGUCGGAAAAUAUUCGAAAAAACCGAUACAAAAACGUUCUACCAUUCGACCACUCACGUGUGAUAUUGACCCGCGAGUUUGAGGAUACCGAAUUGGAGGGACAAACAGAUUAUAUUAAUGCAAACUAUAUUUCUGUAUUUAUCAUUUUAAUUUACAUGAGGGCUACCUCUCGGAUCGGCAGUAUAUUGCCUGUCAGGGACCUCUUCAAGAAACAAUCGAAGACUUUUGGUUAAUGGUGUAUCAAAAUGAUAUAAAAGGAAUUGUAAUGUUGACUAAAUUAGUGGAAAAUAAAAUAGUAAAUUCGAUAAAUAUUUUUAGAUUAAAUGCGCAUGCUAUUUCCCAACAAAGAUCAAUCAAAUUUUAUUUUUGAAUUUUAUGAAAGUAAAAUAUGUCAAGGAAACUAAUUUCGAAAAAUACAUAAUAAUCAACCUCGA